AUGUAUAGAAAAGCUAUGAUGGAAAAAAUGGAGGGUUUGAAGAAUAUUUCAAUUUGUGGUGAUGGUCGUUUUGACUCAAUGGGUCAUUCAGCAAAAUAUGGUGCAUACACACUCUUCUGCAGCAACUUAUCAAAAAUUGUCCACUUUGAACUUGUUCAGGCAAGUAGUGUAAAGGGAUGCUCUCCAACGAUGGAGCUGCUUGGGUUUCAACAGGCUUUUGAAUCGCUUGGCAGUGCUGGAGUUGAAGUCUCUACAUUUGUUUCUGAUAGACACCGAGGUGUAGCAAAAUGGAUAAGAGACUCUCACCCAUCAGUUUCGCACUACUUUGAUAUAUGGCAUGUGGCCAGAACGAUAACAAAGAAACUCCUGAGGGCAGCCAAAGAAACAAAUUAGAUUAUCAAUCGUUGGAUACCAUCAAUACGUACCCACUUGUAUUGGAGUGCCACAACUACAAAGGAAGGCUUUGGCUCGCUAAUUCUUGCCAAAUGGAAAUCGUUCAUUUGUCAUGUCCAAGAUGAGCAUGAUUCACAACCUGACAGCCUUUUCAAAAAGUGCACCCAUGAAAGAUUAGAAAGGGAUCGUAAAUGGAUUAAAGAAGGAACUGUUGCAUUUGAGAAGUUGAAUGACAUUCUUAUGAACACAGCUAUUUUAAAUGACAUCAAAAACCUGUCUUCAAAUGAUCAAACCAGUUGUUUGGAAGGAUUUCAUUCUACAUUGAAUCAAUGGCAUCCAAAAAUGCUUCAUUUCCCUUGGCUUGGAACUAUGUGCAGGUUGGUAUAA